AUGCGGAACCCUUUCCGGAACAAGCCGGUCGCGCCGGUCACCGUGUCGUCCGACACCGUAAUCCCCGUGGCCUCACUGGAUGACAACGCCGUUUACCAGACCGUUGUGGUCAACCCUCUCUUCAGAUUUGACGACGUGUUGGACGCGGUGAAGCUCAGGCGAUCUCUCGAGAAGCUGCUCGAUCGUCAGGAUUGGCGCAAGCUGGGUGCCAGACUAAGGCGCAACCAGGAAAAUGGAAAAUUGGAUUACCAUAUCCCGGCCAAAUAUGAUGACCGUCGUCCUGCUAUUUCGUAUUCUCAUAUCGAAUACGCUAUCAACAUUGCCGAACACCCCCUGGCAUCGCGCCUGCCAAAGCCAACAACUAAACCGGCCGUGGUGGGGGAUCCGGACGAAUUCCACGACUUGUCACGCCGCGCCAAUGCACCAAAGGCAUUGGGAGACUACCUGUAUGCGGAUGAGCCCUUGUUGAGCUUGCACAUCGUCUCAUUCUGUGACGCCACCCUUGUUUCUCUAUUGUGGCUCCAUGUUGUCAUGGACGCUGUGGGCUUCAAGGCGAUGUUGAAUGCCUGGAGUCUCGUGCUCCAAGGCCGCGAUGACGAGGUCCCUCCCUUGCUAGGGGUCGGUAACGAUCCCCUUGCCAACCUAGGCUUGCACUCUAAAGAGCCCUACAAGCUCGCCGACCGCUUGCUAAUCGGCUGGCGAAUGGCCGUCUUUGGGAUCCGCUUCGCCUUUGGUUUACUCUGGUGGCGAGGGAACGAACACCGCAUGAUCUGCAUUCCCGGCUCCUAUCUUCAGACUCUACGAGAGACUGCUCUGCAAGAGCUUGCCAUAGAGGGCGAGAACCCCUUCUUGAGCGAAGGAGAUGUCCUCUGCGCCUGGACGACCCGCCUCGCCGUGUCCCACCUGCGUCGCGACUCACACCAGACUCUCCCCAUUGCCAAUGCAUACAACUUCCGCGCGGUGGUGGCAGGCGACCUGUUGCCCCCGCCAGGGGUGUAUGUGUCCAACGUGCUUGGCUUAAUUUACGCCUUCCUUAGCGUAAGAGAUAUUUUUGCUAAGCCGCUAAGCUACACGGCAUUGAUUAUGCGCCGCGCCAUCGGCGAGCUCGGCUCAAGAGACCAGGUCGAGGCGUACCUGGCGGUGCAAGCAGAGUCAUUGGCCAAGACCGGGUAUCCGGCCCUGUUUGGCGAUGCCACCAUGCACAUGGUCACUCAUUCGAAUUGGACCCAGGCCAAGCUGUUCGAGACGGACUUUGGGCCGGCGGUGGUGGGUGCAUGCGAGCGAGAUGCAGAGGGGAGAGGGAGGACGAACAAGUUAGGCACGCCGUCGUACGUGCAAUGUGUCGGCGUUACUACGGGAUUCCCGCUUCGCAACGUGUUUCUCACCUCCGGGAAGGAUGCCGAGGGCAACUAUUGGGUUGCGGGGUACUUGAGAAAGGGGCUGUGGGCCAGGAUUGACGACAUGCUCAAGGCUGGCUAA